GAUAGAUAGUUUCAGUCUUCAUUUUCUCUCAACAAGAAAUGAGCAAGAUCCCAGGUUCAUACUUCGAUAUCGGCAAAAAGGCCAGAGAUGUCCUCUAUAAGGAUUUUUCUCAGCAACCAAAAGCCUGUGAAACGACCUACCAAACCUGCGAUUGGAGCUUUGAUCUCUCCUGUAAAAUUCAAGAUAUCGUCCCCGGACUCAGCGCCGUUGUUGGAGUCGCCGUACCACAUUCCGGCGAGGUGGAACUGCAAUACAUGCAAGACUACUUUGGAAUAACAGGAGGCAUUGGAUUGAAAGCAGACCCAAGUGGAGUUUUCAGCCCUGUACUCAACGUUUCAGGUGUUGUGGGCAGCAAUCUUUUCUCCUUUGGAACUGGCCUAGCCUUUGAUGUGGCAACAAGGGCAUUGGACAAAUUCAACACUGGCUUGAGCUUCAACAGUGACUCGCUUAAUAGUUCGUUGAUCUUGGAUAAGCUUGACACUGUGAGAGCUUCCUGUUACUACACAGUGAACCCUUCAACAAACACCGCCAUUGCAGCGGAGUUGAAGCACAGCUUUUCGACGAGCGACACUUCCCUCGCCAUCGGUGCACAGCACGCUCUUGUUCCCUUGACAACACUCAAGGGCAAAAUAAACACACAUGGCAAGGUUGCUGCUCUGAUUCAGCAAAGUCUGUGGGAAAAGGUCUUUGUGACUUUAGGCGGAGAAGUGGAUUUUAUGGACCAAAGGAGGAUUCCUAAUAUUGGUCUGUCUAUGGCUCUCAAAGUCUAAAAUAUAGUAAAGGGAUAAUGCUUCUACAAUAUGGAGAUAACCGCCUUUUACAUUAGAUUUCAAUAAUCUUCCUCAAUUAGUUUUUACAUGCAUUUUGAUAACA